AUGUGGGAUCCAACUGUAUUUGAAUGUAAUGAUAUCAUAAAAAACCAAAGGUUCAUUCUGGUACAAGGGUCUGUGAAACAUUCAGGGGAAAUUUUGAACAUAGUCAAUAUAUACGCAUACAAUGACCCGAUAGAAAGGAGAGCCCUAUGGGAGGAGUUGGUUAUUCUUAGAAGGUCAUUAGAAGGUAUGUGGAUAUUUGGUGGGGAUUUUAAUGAUGUUAGGGAACCGAGCGUAAGAUUUAAUUCAGAAUAUGUGGCUGCAAAUGCGGAUCGUUUUAAUCGGUUCAUUGUGUCAAUAGAUUUGGUGGAGUAUCAAAAGAGUGGACGAAAAUUCACCUAUCACUCAGAUAAUGGUAUUCAUAAAAGCAAAUUGGAUCGGUUAUUGGUGUGCAGGGAAUUUAGAGAUAAAUGGGCGACUGCCUCAGUUGUUGCGUUAUCAGAUGUAGUUUCGGACCACUGUCCGAUUCUGCAAUCUCUUACAUCACCUGAUUUCGGCCCUAUACCCACUAGAAUUUUUAAUUCUUGGUUGGAUCUGCCCGGUGUUAUGGAUUUCAUUCGACAAUCGCUGAGUAGUUUCUGGUUUGAAGGGCCAGCGGAUUUGGGGCUUGCAGUUAAACUAAAAUGGAUUAAAUUCAGAAUAAAGGAACGGGUCAAUGUAAUAAAAGCGGAAAGGAUGCGGUUGAAUGGUCUUAUGAUUAAUGGAGCAUGGGAGACGGCCCCACCACUCAUUAAAGACACGGUAUGCUCGUUUUUUGCUGAAAAAUGUAAGGAAAUGGUUGUUAAACGGCCAGGGUUGAUGUGCCCAAAUCUGAAUCAAAUUUCGAAGGAGGAUGCUGAGAUCCUGGCAGCGCCAUUUUCGUUAUUAGAAAUAAAGGACGCGGUUUGGGAUUGUGUGGGGGACAAAGCACCGGGCCCGGAUGGUGCAAAUUUUCGGUUCAUUAAACGUUGCUGGGGUUCAUUGCAAGCUGAUUUUGUUAAGGGUUUGAGACAAGGCGAUCCAUUGUCACCAUUCCUUUUCAUCAUCGCAGUGGAAGCUCAAACGGGGGUGAUGAAGAAGGCAUGUAACCUUGGGCUCUAUGAAGGUAUUCGAUUCAUAAACCACGGUACGGUCUUAUCUCAUUUUCUGUACGCUGAUGACGUCAUCUUUGUUGGAAAUUGGUCGAUAGACACUUUGAAAAAUCUAAGGAGAUUAUUAAGGUGUUUUUUCUUGGCAUCGGGUCUUCGGGUAAAUCUGAAUAAAAGUAGCGUUAUUGGUGUGAAUGGUAGUAAUGAAAGAAUACAAGACAUGGCAUUACUAUGGGGGUGUAGGGUAGGGUCCUUUCCGUUUAAACAUUUGGGGCUUCCAGUGGGUGCUAAUAUGAAUCUAAGUAAACACUGGCAGCCGGUCAUUGAUGUCUUUCGGAAAAGAUUAGCUCUUUGGAAGGCAAAUACACUCUCUUUUGGUGGUAGGUUGACCUUGAUAAAGUCGGUCCUAAGUGCACUCCCUACUUAUUAUUUCUCUUUAUACAGAGCUCCGGCAAAAGUAAUUGAUCAACUUGAGAGAUUGUGGCGGGAAUUUCUAUGGGGGAUUACCUCGGAGAAAGGCAAGAUGAGUUGGGUUGCGUGGAAAAGUGUUAUAACGCCAAAGGAACUAGGUGGGGUAGGUAUUGGAUCGUUAAAGGAUGCAAACUUGGCAAUGCUUGCCAAGUGGUGGUGGAGGUUCAAAAUAGACCCUGAGAGCUUAUGGCGAAAAGUGAUAUGGAGCAUCCAUCAUAAUGAAAGGACGUGGAAUUUGGUGCCGAGGAAGUUGUCAGUGGCUGGGCCAUGGAAACAAGUCGCUAAAGUGUCGGAGGAAUUGGAAAGGUAUGGUAUAAAUUUGAUUACUUGUUUUCGGGCUAUUCCGGGGAAUAGGAUAUCGGUUGUUUUCUGA